AUGUAGCAGCGCCAUGCCCGGGCUGGAGUGAGAGCGAGUGAAAAUGGCGUAUAUACAGGACAGUUGGAGCCAUUAAAUGAGGGCUUUCUUUCUAGAAUCUCUGAUCUGCUGCUGUGUAGAUGGACCUGUCGCCACUGUUGUCAAAAGUGUUACGAGUGUAGCUGCUGCCAGUCAAGUGAAGAUGAAGUUGAAAUCUUGGGACCUUUCCCUGCCCAGACUCCACCCUGGUUGAUGAGCAACCGGAAUGAAGAUAAGAAUGGGAACUCAGACCACACUGCCAGUGAGGCUCCUCCAACCCCACAGGAUGACUCCCCAGAUCAGAGACGGUCGUCUUCAGAUACAUCUAAGUCUGCAUACAGCCUUACCCGGAGGAUUUCAAGUCUUGAGUCCAGGCGGCCCAGCUCACCACUAAUUGAUAUUAAACCAAUUGAGUUUGGGAUUAUUGGAGCCAAGAAAGAAAUCAUCCAACCAUCAGUGCUGAGAAGGACCUACACCCCUGAUGACUAUUUUAGGAAGUUCGAGCUCAGAUUAUAUUCCCUUGACUCUAACAGUGAUGACAUGGACUCACUGACUGAUGAGGAGAUCUUAUCCAAGUACCAGCUGGGCAUGCUACAUUUCAGCACCCAAUAUGAUCUGCUGCAUAACUACCUAACAGUAAGGGUGAUUGAGGCCAGGGACUUACCACCUCCCAUCUCCUAUGAUGGCUCUCGACAAGAUAUGGCUCAUUCAAACCCCUAUGUGAAGAUCUGCCUCUUGCCAGACCAGAAGAAUUCCAAGCAGACAGGUGUCAAACGCAAGACCCAGAACCCUGUGUUUGAAGAGCGCUACACCUUUGAGAUCCCAUUUCUAGAAGCCCAAAGAAGAACUUUGCUUUUAACUAUAGUGGAUUUUGACAAAUUCUCACGUCACUGUGUCAUUGGGAAAGUUUCCGUGCCUUUAAGUGAAGUGGACCUGGUGAAGGGGGGGCACUGGUGGAAAGCUCUGGUUCCCAGUUCUCAGAAUGAAGUGGAGCUGGGAGAGCUGUUGCUGUCACUGAAUUAUCUCCCAAGUGCUGGAAGAUUGAAUGUUGAUGUGAUAAGAGCCAAGCAGCUUCUUCAGACUGACAUGAGCCAAGGCUCAGACCCCUUUGUGAAGAUCCAGUUGGUACACGGGCUCAAACUUGUGAAGACCAAGAAGACUUCCUUUAUGAGAGGGACAAUCGAUCCUUUCUACAAUGAAUCUUUCAGUUUCAAGGUCCCACAGGAAGAACUUGAAAAUGCCAGCCUAGUAUUUACAGUGUAUGGCCACAAUAUGAAGAGCAGCAAUGACUUUAUUGGGCGAAUUGUCAUUGGCCAGUACUCUACUGGUUCCUCAGAAUCCAACCAUUGGCGGCGGAUGCUGAACACCCACCGGACAGCAGUGGAACAGUGGCAUAGCCUACGGUCCCGAGCCGAGUGUGACCGGGUCUCCCCUGCCUCUCUUGAGGUGACGUGAAAGUUCCUGGGUAUUUUAUUUUCCCCCCCAAAAAUUGAGAGGGAAAAAAGGCUGGC